AAAACCACACAGGUUGCCCGCUGUUAGCAUUAGCUGCAUGGUACAGUGGAUGCCGUUAGAAAAGCCUGUGACACUACUACACGGUUUUGAAAUGACCUAGCAAAGAUUGCAGAUGAUGAGACUGAUGUGACUGCAGCUGAAUCACAGGAUGAGUAAAAGUCAUAGACGGAUAGAAAUGGACCUGGCUUUAGGAUCAUCAAAGCCUUAUGGGUCGUCCAGGAGUAUUGUGAGAAGAAUCGCCACAAGUCUUCCUCUGGCACCCUGUCCUCGUGUCCAAUUUCAACUUCAUCCAUUUACUGUUGGAGCCGGUUUCCUGAACAAUUCCAAUGGACCAAAUGGACUUGUGGCAACUUUCGCUGAUGUAGGCUGGAUUGACAGAGAAGAGAGUGAUGUAGCUGGCAAAACUAGGUUUAAAGCAGAUUCUGGGUUGUUCUUCCGCACUCAGCAGUGCAGGCCCCUGAGACGGCAGCGCUCUUUACCCAGCUUGCAUCAAGCUGAGCCUGCUCCUCAGAGCCAGGCGAUUAUCAAUGAUGAAGCAAUUCAGAAGAUCAGCGUUCUUGAGUCUGAGCUGGCCAAACUCAGAGUGCAAAUCGCACAGAUAGUUCAGGCACAGGAGCAAAUUGCACAGUCCCCGGCUCCAGCUCCAGGUGGCCCUCCUGUCCCCAUGGCUCCACUGAUGGCACCAGUCCCACCCCCGCCCCCUCCACCACCACCACCUCCUCCUCCUCCAUGCUCCAGCAUGCAGAGGAGCUAUUCCGCCAUCGACCUCAUCAAAGAGCGCCGUGGGAAGAAAGCAGAGUACAAUACAAUACUGGACCUAGAAUUAAAAAAGACAGAGGUGCCCAGCAUGUUAGACGUGCUGAAAGACAUGGGAAAAGUAAAGCUGCGCUCAGUUAAGAGUCGUCCGGCAGAUGGCCAAACGAAACCCAAGCCUGUUGAGCCAACAGAUGCAUCAGCGCUGAUUGCCGAGGCACUGAAACGAAAGUUCGCUUACCGUUACCGUUGUGACAGCGAAUGUGAAAGCAGCUUUAACUUUCCAGCCCCUGAGAAUAAGGCCCAUGUGGAAAUGCCACUGUUUGGACAGCAUAUGUUGAAAUCAACUGGGAGGAAACCAUACUAAUAUGGACAUACAUCGAGCACAUAGAACACUUAGAGGGUUAACUGAGUUAACCAGAUGACUUUUAAUGCCAAAGAGUGAGCUAACAUUUUUUUUUUUUUUUGGCUCUCAAAUAUUGUUUGUUCAUGUAAGUUAGCAUGCACAUGCCAAAA